GACAGGUUAAUGAUCUCAGACUGGAGGCGAACCAGGCCGGUGGUGGGGACCUGGACAUUGACAGCCGACCGAGUUCCGCGGAGCCUCUGCACCUGGACCGGGAGGAGAGUCUGAGCUACGCUGACAGUGACUAUGUCUCCUCUGUGCCGCGUUCCUUCUCAGCCAAUCACGCGGACUCGUUCGAGGCCCUGAUGGACGUGCAGCCCAAGUACCAGUGCGACCUGAUCACCCGCGACGGCCUGGACCUCUUCCCGUACCCGAGCCCCCUGCACGCCAUGGCUGUGCAGAGUCCGCUGCUGUGCCCCCAGAUGCUGAGGGCCAACAGCGAGGAGAAGCCCCUCUCGCCCACCUCCUACCUGAGCAGCUACAAGCUGGACGACGAUGGCGAGAUGUUCUUCGGCUCCCAGGGCGACCUGCCCCCGGGCCUGGAGGCCCUGCACUCGAAGAGGCUGGAGAACUACAUCGCGGGCCUGGUCCACAAACGCGUCUACCCAGUUCGGCCCAGCAAGCCAAGGACUAGCUUCAGCACAGAGGCCAUGAAAGGCCUCAUGAGGCAGAGCAGCAUGUGCCAGAGGAGCACGGAGGCUGCCAAUCCCCCCGGCGCAGGCUGCGAUCAGGCCUGGCCUUCGUCCGAGCGCAAGAAUAUCCCGAGCUCCCACAGCUUUGACGGGAGCCUGCCGUCGCCCAAGUACAGGCCUCAGUGGACCUCCAGCAGGGAGCACCUGUCCGUCAAGAAAAACAUCCCCUCGUGCCAAUCCGUGGACAGCUUCGCCGCUGCUAUCCAGCAGCAAAAGAGCGUGGACGAGGGCCAGAAUUCACAGCAGAGCCUGAGGAAGCCGAUCCGGCUCAUGGCCAACACGCCUCCCAUGAGGCCCACCUCCCUCGAGUAUCAUGAGCUGAAUUAUCAUCCGGCCACCAGGGCUUCCCCUCAGGAGAACUACUACCAGAAUGUGUACGAGCUGAACGACAGGUCUCAGGCUUUCCUUGAUGACAGGCAUCAGGCCUUCCUCGACAACAGGUCUCAGGCCUUCCUCGACAACAGGCCUCAGGCCUUCCUCGAUGACAGGUCUCAGGCCUUCCUCGAUGAGAGGCGUCAGGCCUUCAUGUCUGCUAGGUCCGAGUCCUCAGAGCUCCGUUCACCGCCCUUUGACAAACCGCCGGGGUCGGAGGUCAGCGGGGGCCGGAGGUCGCCCGGGGCAGACGACGGCGGGUACCAGAUGGUCAGUGCGCAGUACAUCCCGGCUCAGCAAUCGUACAAAGCCCAUGCCUCCAGCCACGGCGGUAAGGCCAAGGGACCACCGCUGAGCAAAGGGCGCUCCGUCGAUGCCUCGCCUGAGGCUGGGGCGCCCCCUGGCUUCCGGGAGAAGGGCAAGGCCUCGAGCAAGAAGUGCCGUUUCAGUGAGGAGAGCGAGCCAGCCAAGAGGAGUGGGCGGAGGCCCUCCCCCAGGGGCAAAAAGACCUGCCGCUCCCAGUCAGAGAACAGCCUCCUGAACCGACAUGGGGUGCCCUGCAUCAAGUACAACACCGUGGAGCGGGACGAGGUGACGGGAGCCAGGCCGACACGCUCCAGGCGGCAUCCCAACGGCUAUCACCGGCGGUGGAGGUCGACAGCGGAGAUCUCCCGGGAUGAGGGGUCAGCCCUGCCCCCCAGCUGUGAGCCCUACCCCCAGGCCGACGGGCGGAGAAGGCCCAGGAGACCCGGUGCCCGGGUCUACGCCGCCAACUGCUUCGGGGACAGCGAGUCGAGUCUGAGCGAGGCCCAGUCGCCAGGCCUCAGCAGCUGCUCCAGCGAUACGGACGAGGAGGAGGAGGGGGAGGAGGAGGAGGCCGCGGGCCUUGUCUGGCCCCAGCAGCUGAGCCCACAGGCGACAGGCCGUGAGUCUGGGCCACCCAAGGCCUUCGUGAAGAUCAAAGCCUCGCACGCCCUGAAGAAGAAGAUCCUCCGCUUUCGGACGGGCUCCCUCAAGGUGAUGACCACCGUGUGACCAAGGGCUGGCCAGUGGACCGACGGGCGGACUGGCGUUUCGAGUUCCCGCCGCCUCCCGGUCGCCUCGGGAUCGUUCCGGGGUGGGAAAGCGCUUUUGCAGCCAACUCGCUAAUUUGUGGAAGCGUGCUGUCAACGUCAGCGGGCGCAGAGGCCGCCACCGCGCACAGAAAGAUCCCAGGGACAAACCAGCCGGCCAACUGUGGUAUUUUCAUUUCUCGCUGCCCCGCACCCCCCCGUCCUCCCCUUCUCCCCUCCUCCCCCCUCCCCUCUGUAAAGCAACGGGAACUCCUUCCUUUCCAAAUGGUGGCCAGGGGAUCUUUUACGCAGGGCAGGAGGGAACACUGGUCAGGUCUGGUUGG